AUGGCGGACAAGAUGCGGAGUGUGUGGCGGUGUGCGGCAGCAGGCUCUAUUGACAACGUCGAGCUGGUGGACGAGCCGCUGGAGGCUCUGCGUCCGGGCGAGGUCCGUGUCCGAGUCACCGCUGUCGGCUGCAACUUUGCCGAUGUCUUUGCCAUGCAGGGCCUGUACUCGGCCACGCCCGAGGGCGCCUUCAUCCCUGGCCUGGAGAUCGCCGGCGUGGUUGAGGCCCUCUACUCUCCUUCCGAGCCGGCGAGCAAGCCCAUCGCUGCAAAUGCCGCUGCUGGGGUUGGGCACGAUCUGGCGGUCGGCGACAGCGUCAUGGGCGUCGUCCGGUUCGGCGGCUACGCGUCGUAUGUCAACGUCGAGGCGCAGCGGCUGCAGCGGCUGCCGGUCGGGUGGGAGGCGAAGCACGGGGCAGCGUUCCCGGUCCAGGCCUUGACCGCCUUCUACGGCCUGGUCGAGAUCGGCGGUAUGCGGCUGCCGGGCACCGAGGGACUGGCGGCGUCGCUCCCUCAAAAGUCGGUCCUCAUCCACUCGAUGGCCGGCGGCGUAGGCCUUGCGGCACUGCAGGUCUGCCUUGCUCUCGGCGCGCCGUGCGUGGGCACGGUUGGCGCGGCUUGGAAGAAGGACUGGCUCCUCGAUGCGUAUCCUCAGCUCGCGCCGGAGCAGAUCAUUGUCCGAACCUCGCCGGGCGCUUUCGAACGGCAGCUCGACUCGGCGCUGCGGAGCAAAGAAGUUUGCCGUGCAGCAGGCGUCGACAUUGUCUUUGACGCCAUUGCCGGGCCGUGGACCAAGCCGGCAAUGGCCAAGCUGGCCCCGAUGGGGCGGUACGUCAUCUUUGGCGCAGCCUCGUUUACGCCCUUGGGCCCCACGCCGUCGUACCUCAGCCUCGGGCUCAAGUACCUGACGCGGCCUACCAUCGAUCCGAUGGAACUCAUCUCGUCGAACCAUGCAGUCAUGGGCUUCAAUCUCAUCUGGCUCUGGUCGCAGCUCGAGUACCUCUCUGCGGUCAAGGACGCCAUGAUGGAGCACGUGCCCUGGCGGGCGCCGAAAGUCACUACCUAUCCGUUUGCGGACAUGAAGGCCGCAAUCGCUAAGUUUCAGGCUGGCAAGACGGUCGGCAAGGUGGUGCUCGAGCCGGUGCAUCCCGAGCUCUAACGCGAGGGGGCCUUCCUCAUCCAAGCCCCACAUCGAGCGACAUCAUGACGACAAAGCCGGCGAUGGCGCCCCACGACGCGAGCCGGGCGUUGCCGGCUGAUGCAGCCUCGAUGACAAUGUCGUCGACAACAACAAAGAUCAUGGCCCCG